AUGUCUCUGUAUUGUGGAAUUGCUUGCAGGAGAAAAUCUUUUUGGUGCUAUAGGCUGCUGUCAACCUAUGUCACUAAGACCCGGUAUUUAUUUGAACUGAAGGAAGACGAUGAUGCAUGUAGAAAAGCCCACCAGACGGGAGCAUUUUACCUCUUUCAUAACCUGGCUCCUCUGCUUCAGCCAUCAGAACAUCAACACCUGCCCCCCAAGCUUCGCCUACUGGAGUUGGAAAAGCUCCUGGAUAAAUUUGGCCAGGACACACGGAGAAUAGAAGAUUCCGUGCUGAUUGGAUGCUCCGAACAGCAGGAAGCAUGGUUUGCUCUGGAUCUAGGUCUAAAUAGCUCCUCUUCCGCAAACGCUUCCCUGCCGAAACCUGAAAUGGAGACGGAGCUCCAGGGGGCUUUCAUGGAGCUGCGGAAGGCUCUCUACCGGCUGAACGUGAAGGAGGCCUCCUUGCUGACCACGGCGCAGGCUCUCCUCCGCUGGCACGAUGCUCACCAGUUCUGCAGCAGAAGCGGGCAGCCCACCAAAAAGAACGUGGCCGGCAGCAAGCGUGUGUGCCCUUCCAACAAGAUCAUCUAUUACCCGCAGAUGGCUCCCGUGGUGAUCACUCUGGUGUCAGAUGGGACUCGAUGCUUGCUUGCCCGCCAGAGUUCCUUUCCCCAGGGGAUGUACUCUGCCCUGGCGGGUUUCUGUGACAUAGGUGAAACUCUGGAAGAGACUGUCCAUCGAGAAGUUGCAGAAGAGGUGGGACUGGAGGUGGAAAGACUGCAGUACUCUGCAUCCCAGCACUGGCCCUUCCCCAAUAGCUCACUCAUGAUUGCUUGUCACGCAGUUGUGAAACCAGGGCAGACAGAGAUCCAGGUGAACUUGAAAGAGCUAGAAGCAGCUGCCUGGUUUAGCCAUGAUGAGGUGGUCGCAGCCCUGAAGAGGAAGCACCCAUAUGCUCAGCAACAGGAUGGGACUUUCCCAUUCUGGUUGCCCCCUAAGUUAGCCAUCGCCCAUCAACUGAUUAGGGAGUGGGUGGAAAAUCCGACCUGCCCCGCCCUGCCUGCUUAG